CGACGAAAUGCCAUUUCCGGAGUUCGGUCUUUGUAUGUCCUCUAGUAGCUCGUCGUCGUCACAUCGGAUCGAAUAUUCUAAUCGGUAGGUAAUCUCGUGGACGCGGUUAUGCAGGAAGUUCGGUCGUAUAGUGUGCUUCAAUCGUCAAUCAUCCUUCUGUACAAGUUGUGUCGUGGUCAUCGUUCUGCUUGUAAGCUACCAUUCGUAGUCACACCUCCAAAAUCGCCCCACCUUCUUGUUUCUGAACUCCGUCCAUACCCCAUUUCUGCAUUGAAUUGGAGAGUAAAAGAAACUCUUUCAGCGAUCAUGUUUAUCUUGCUUAUGAAAGGAGCAAAAGUUGUGUCGGAUCUGGAUAACGAAAUGCCUUCAACAUCCCAAUGAUUUCCAACGUAGGAUUGCAAUUUUUAAUCCAAGAGAGACAGAGAGGUAAAACUAAAAGUAACGCUUUCCCUUCCAAGUUUUUGCACCGAGUUUGAUAUCUCCUCUGUUCCAUCUUCCGCCUUUUCUCAUUUAUGUAUCUUCUGUGGAAGACAACAUAUAAGUAAUUGGGCUGAUACCACAUCCACCUCCCGUGGAUUAUCUUGAGGCAGGUGCUGUUUUGGCUUCAUAUCUUCACCACAAGAACUACACCUAUCUACAUCCAUCUCCUUCGGCCACGACGUUGCAUCGUCAUCGUGAACAAGAAUUGCAAUCAUGAUGAAAUUGAUGGGGCUUCCCCUCGUUUUUCUGAUCGCUCUCGCGAAUUUCAUCCUGGGGGCCACCUUUUUCAACUUCAUCGUACUGGCGCAGCUGUGGGAAGGCCUGCAGGUUUUUGCUUUGGAGAAUGAGAAAGGCCAGAAGAGAGGGAACCUUCGAGGAACGAACUCCUUAUUGGGACAAAACCAAACAUCGUUCUUAUGAUUGGUUUCAUUGAUUAUUUUCAACCUAUUGCUCUCCCUAUUGCUGAAGAGGACAUUCGCAUUGGCAUUGAUGUGUUCCUGUAGAUCUGUGUACUAACGGUUGUGUGUGGUUCUACCUUUGUAAAUGUACUUACCUACAUAUAUGAAUAGUGGCAUUUUUGUCGGUCUCGAGCUCGACCUCGAGUAACUCUGCAGCAUGAGACGGGCAUCAAUCUCAGCCGUAUGUUGAGCUGGGAAUGUGUGUAGGGGUAAAAUUUGUGUUGCCUUUACAAAUGAAAAUGUCUUUACAAUAAAUGGAAAAUGUCGCACCUCCAUAGAAUACAAAUGCCUCCCCCAAGGGAAAAUGCUUAUGCUUAGGAGUGAUAAGGUAGAUGUUUAGGCCACUUUUCUAGAAAGGCAUUCUCUUUUGAUGGUGUAUGGUUCUAUCUGCAGCAAGAGCAAGUAGUCCGGCUGGCCUUUUGAAGUCUACUCCAUUCACCACUUGCUGGACUUGCUCAUGAUCAAAAAUCACGUACAUCUGGGUUACAACUUUAAUACUAUAUGUCUAAUCCUCAAUCUAGCGGAUGUCGAUGUGGAGACGAAAGACGCGAGCUUCCUUGAAGUAACAGCUGAGAACAGCGACUCCACCGACGGGUUCUCAUUCCGUAUUGACAAGAGGCAGUGUCUCAAUGAUAAUUAUGCUUCCACUGAUACUGAUCGAGAAUAAGAAUCGUUGAAAAAGUGCCGAAGCCAACCUGAUGAAGCCGGUCCCAAUCGUGUAGUGUUUCAAAGCAGAUUGCUUGAAAGAGAGUAGCACAGUCAGGUGGGCUCCGGCGUCUUUUUCUUUGGCAUUCUCGAUCCGUAGCAACCCUCAUGACUUACGGUUUGUAGACUACAAAGGCUGGCUCCGCGAUAUCUCAUCAUACCUAUUGCCAAGUAGGUGUGGUGGCAAAUUAUUAAACAAGCACAACGAAAAGGGCAUAUGGCACGCUGAAGGAGGCUCGUCCAGUAUGUGGUAUGCCUGCGCUGUCUGCCAAGCCCACAAGAUAGUUGACUAUGAACUUACAUCACCUUAUAAAGGUAUGGAUCUGCAGGGUACGUCAAAAAACACAAAAGACAUUAUAUUUUUCCAUGCUUAUUAUGACUGUAAGUGUCGGAGUAAUGGGGAACUCCGGGAGCUCCUACAGGAAGUGCCAUCAUCUUUGUACGCAAUCAAAGGUUUUAAUUAG